UACCUGGUUUUACUCAACAUUCAUCCCGGAUCUUGUUCCGCGCACCGCUUGCUGCCGCUUUCAUUAAAUCUUUAUUUGGUUCGACACGGAGAACCAAGAUUCGCCUAAUACAAUCAACACGCUGCCGCGCCCUACUCAUCCUCAUUGGCAACAAACACAGCGUCAUCAUGGAUUCAACCAGCCGGGUUUUUAAGCCAGCUGGUGUCCUUUUGGUGCUAUCGGCCGUGGAGAUCGUCCUGGCGGUGCUGACCAUUCCGGCCAAUUUCUAUAGCCUGCUUUAUGGUUGGCUGUACUUACCGGGAUUCUACCCGAUUGUCCAGCUGAUACUCUUCUGUAUCAGCCUGGUGAUGAGUCUGUGGCUGCUGGUAGCCGGCGGUGCCGGUAUCCUGUACUGCAUGCGACUGCGCGCCCUGCAAGGCAGUUUCCAGUUCAAGCGACUGGCCGGCCGGAACCUCAUCGUGAUUGUUCUGAAUUCCUUCUACUUGUGCGCCCUGCUACUCUUCUGGUUCAUCAUGCUGGCCGCUCGCAUUGACGCCAAGCAACCCCUCCGCAGCAUGAACGCGGUCCAAGCCACACUGUGCGUCAUGCAGGACGACUUGGUCAGCUCUCUGAUUAUGUGGGCCCUCGUCCUGAUGGUGAUCGCUACAAUCGUCAUUACCGCCGUGGCCCGUAACCUGUGCAACGAUAUCUGCUGCAAUAUCAAAGAAGUUGUGGACUCCCGCAAGUUCUGCCGCGAGGUUCGUUCGGGUGUCGCCGAGAUUCUGCGGGAAUACACUGAGAGUCGCCAGCCACCAAAGACCUCGGCAGCUCCUCCACCGGCAUAUUCCAAAGUACCUCAAGGGCUGCCCGACGCUAAAGUCUGACUAAAGCUUAGAGAAAUCGGUACAUGCGCUUUGUGGGUUUCGUUCCAUAAUAGUCAUGAUUGUGGUUCACGAAACUCAUGACCAUGUACAAAUAUGCUCGUAUACUACACAUGAGCAUGCACGGAUAUUGCUUUAUCGUAAAUUUCAGGACGUCCAUAUUGGCAUCGUAACAUAUGCAUUACAACUUUUUGCAAUCUUUCAUUCUUAUGGUUAAUAUUUUUAUAUGCUCUCUGUUAAGAUUCGGUA